GAUCCCGCGGCGUCCAUCGUAGCCUUAUCAAUACGCUUCGAGAUUUUUGCAUAAACGGCGUGGCGUGCGAGAGAAAAGAGGGACGGAGUGAAAAAGGUUCUCUUCUUUGUUUCUUUCUUUAUGAGGAGCGAGGAGGAUUGUUGCUUCAUAUGCAGAAGCAUCACUUGCAUGUAACACAGAUUAGUUGGGCAGUAGUCGCAAUAGUAUAUUAGUUUAUUAAGUUUCCUUCACUUUUGGACCAAGAUUUUGUGACCCGAGUAUUCUGUACAGUACAGAAUCGACUCCAAACAUCGGUGCUACGUCACCCAACAGCAUGAAGGAAGAGGAGCGUCAAACGAACGGUUUUCCGGCCCCGGAUUCGAACCACCAACCACUUUAUUACGAAGAUGUCGCCAGAUCAUCCUCUUCUCCUCCUCAUCACUCCCCUCCACAUUUCCAACAUCCGGAGGAAACAAGGAGCCAAAUCUUCUCCUCUCAUGACGACACGUAUGAGGAGCAACCUCUCUGCAUCCAGGAAGACGAAGACAAACCCACGGAUGUUGCUCCGGGAGCUUUCCCGGUCAUCCAGGAGGAAAAAGAUGAAAUAAAGACUUUCCAAUCAUCCUCCCCCAACCAAAGUCCACCCAGGAUCGAUCCACAACCUCCACGGGAGCCAUUUGUGAUCCCAGCAUCCAGAGAGGAGCAUGAAGAUCGAAGAUCAUCAUCAGAAACUCGAUCAUCUUCCGAGAGCAGAUCUUCCGAGCUCCAGGUGAUCAAGGAACAAGUUAAGAUGAUCCAGCAACAACACACAUACCAGAUCCAGAUGAUCCAUUACUUGCAUUGGCAACUUAACCUUCUGUCCCAACGACAACAACAAAACGGGUUACCUAGCAACGAAGCCCCCACAGCGCCACCAGUGUUCAACCCAAUCACCCAACUUUUGGGGACAAACCCAGGUAUCUUACCUCCAGACCCAGCGAGACUAGCAAUGGCGAUGUCAGCAUCUACAAGCCCCCCAUUCGGCCCCUCUGACCCCCAAUCAUCAUUCAGACGCGCCUCCAUUUCACCCCCUGCUCCAGAGCCACCCCGGCCCCAACAGAGACCCAUGGAGCCCCAGGACCCCCCACGCAUGGAACCCAACAACGAAGCGAUGCUACGCGCGCUGCAACAACAUCGACAACAACAACAAGAACAAAUAAAACAAACGCCAAACCCGUUUUUAUUCCAACAACAACCACAAUCUUCGCUACCGGAGCAUGUAUCAGCGAUGCUGAGGAACAAAAACCUCCUCCCAAAGCGUCCUGAGCAACAUCCAACCUUCCAGGAUCGAAACCAGGUCUCCCAGUCUUUAGAGAGGACGCAGAUGAUCCGAAACGAGCCGAAACAUCCGGGUCAAAUCGACAACGGGGAGGAAUGGGUAAAGAACCAAUGUCGGACUUGUCGUCGUGUUCUAAGUUGCCCAAGCGCACUCAAGCUACAUUACAGAACCCAUACAGGCGAACGUCCAUACCAAUGCGACUUAUGUUCACGAGCCUUUACCACACGUGGCAACCUCCGCACGCAUUACAGCAGCGUCCACCGACGUGAGCUCCCUCCCGCUUCCUCAUCAGGAGGCUCCUCCGUGAGCAAGAGAGGAGGAUCUGCUAAAUCCGAGAGUCAUAUUUGUCCUCUUUGUAGCUCCAUCUUCAACGAUCAAGUUGGACUCGCACAACACAUGCAGAUGCACGCGAUAGUGAAUAAACAGCAGCAACAGAAUUUGUUGGCUAUGAAGCAGAAGAUGAUAAUGGCCCCACCAUUGCCACAAAUAGAGGGCGAAAAAGUGAAAACCGAAGCAGUUGUCGAUCUUUCGGCGUCUGGUCGUCGCCCCCCCAGCAACCCCCCCUCCCCAGUUAGGGGUUACGAAGGUGGGGUCAGUGAAAGGAAGUACCGGACCCCGGAUAAACCCGAGAACGGGGGGUUUCCCGCUAUCGUUACCGAGCAUAGGGGUCAGAGUGGGUUCGACGCUUUGGAUCUCAGCAGUGUUUCCCCGGCACCGCAGAAAGAGGAAUUUAAAGAAGUUUUUGCAGAAAACGGAAACACUGAAAGAUACCAGGAGACGGCCCAGCGUACGGAAAUAGCUUCAGCCCGCGAACCUGACACCCAGCGGCCGUUCUUUCCAUGCGGGAUUUGCCUCCGACAACUUGAGAGUGAGGAAGAUCUGAAGGAACAUCUGAUGACGCAUGAUGGGGGGUCGUCAUGUGACAGUCCGUCAUCGUCUAUUGGGUCAACAUCCGGCAUCCAAGAGCAAAGAGGAGAGAACGGAGAGGAGCUCAGAAUGGCUAUGAAGCGCCCGUUGGAAAUUGACGAAACCUCCCAACUUCCCGACGCCAAACGUAACAAUGUUCCCCGACACUGGUGUAACAUUUGCAAGAAACAAUUCUCGUCGGCGAGUUCGCUGCAGAUCCACACACGAACGCACACCGGUGAAAAACCUUUCAUUUGCAACGUGUGCAGUCGAUCGUUCACCACCAAGGGCAACUUGAAGGUACAUAUGGGAACCCACGUGUGGGGGGCUGGGGGCUCCAGGAAAGGACGACGUGUGUCCAUGGAUAAUCCUCUUAUGUCAACAUGGAUGAAAAACUCAACGAACGUUGACGCAGUGAUGCCGAAUGCAAGGCCAGCACAACAGGACGCGAGGGCUAAUGCAUCGACAGCGGCAGCUUCAAUUUACCAGCAAUACGCCGCCAUCGCCCAAGGUAUUAUGGCUCGCAACCCAGCUGAGGGGAUUCCCCCAACCCAUGUAUUGAACCAAGCAUUGGCAGCAAGAUACCUUCAACAACCCCUUCCUAUCGGUGCCAACCAAGUGACAACUGAAGGUUCACCUGAAGCGAGUCUUUCAUCCGACGGCGAGCAAGAAGGGGAAACCCCUAACGCGAUAUCCGCAUCAACUGCUGCUCACGAAUGGUUGUGGAAAGCUUACCAACAACGAUCGCAAGGCCAGGUAAAUUGAAGAACAAACGAAAUUCUUUUAAUUUUCGAACUUCCUGUGACGACAUAAAUGAACUCCUGACGUCACAAUCAUUGCUGAAAAUCCCCACAAACGUCUUUACCGCGUCACAAACAAUAUUGUGAUGCUUCCGAUUACGAACAUUCUGUAUGACGUCAAAAUGACGUAACAAUGAACUAUGUUGUAAAUAUUGUGUGUGUGUUCUAACGUUGCUAAAUCUUUGGUGCUUUCCCUGAAAUGAAACCACGCAGUCAACCAGCUGCUCCGUACAAGAGGCUGCUACUUAUUUUAAAAACUCGACUUUUUGGUGCUAACUGUUUUGUGUUCGUUUGAAAAUAAAUCGUUUUGAAACAAAUAAUUAAA